AUUACCCGACAAGUGGCUGUCUCCCCGCCUGGAGCCGCAGAGGGGUCGCUCGGGGCGCGGGGCCGGCGUGCGGGGUCGGCGGCGGCGGAGAGCUACAAGACCAGCUCGGGCAGCGGGGUCAGUCGCCCGCCAGGAGCGCGGGCACCGGCGAGCAGGCCACGUCGCGCUCACCAUGGUCUGCUGCUGGGACACCGGCGUCCUGCUGUGCGCGCUGCUCAGCGGUCUGCUUCUCACAGGAUCUAGUUCAGGUUCAAAAUUUAAAGGUCCUGAGCUGAAUUUUAAAGGCACCCAGCAUGUCAUACAAGCAGGCAAGACGCUGCAUAUCGAAUGCAGGGGGAAAGCAGACCACUCAUGGUCUUUGCCCAAGACAGUGAGUAAGGAAAGGGAAAGGCUGAACAUAACUAAGUCUGCCUGUGGAAGGGACGGCAAACAGUUCUGCAGCACUCUGACCUUGACCGCAGCCCAGGCAAACCACACGGGCUACUACAGCUGCAAAUAUCUGUCUCCUGCUUGGAGGAACAAGCAGGCACAAUCCACAAUCUACAUAUUUAUUCAUGAUACAGGGAGACCCUUCUUAGAGAUGCACAGUGAAAUACCUAAAACGAUAUAUAUGACUGAAGGAAGGGAUCUCGUCGUUCCCUGCCGGGUUACGUCACCCAACAUCACUGUUACUUUAAAAAAGUUUCCAUUUGCUACUCUGAUCCCUGAUGGAACAAGAAUAAUCUGGGACAGUAGGAAGGGCUUUGUAAUUUCAAAUGCAACAUACAAAGAAAUAGGGCUUCUCACCUGUGAGACAACAGUCAAUGGACAUUUGUACCAGACAAACUAUCUCUCAUUUCGACAAACCUACACAGUCUUUGAUGUCCAAAUGAGCACACCGAGCCCCGUCAAGUUACUUAGAGGUCAUGCUCUUACCCUCAACUGCACCGCCACCACACCCGUCAACGGGAGAGUUCACAUAACCUGGAGUUACCCUGGUGAAGCAAGUAAGAGUGCCUCUAUAAGGUGGCGAUUGGGCAAAGCCAAUUCCCAUGCCAAUAUAUUCUACAGUGUUCUUAUUAUUAACAAAGUGCAGAGCAAAGACAAAGGCAUUUACACCUGUCAUGUGGAUAGUGGCUCAUCCUUCAAGUCUGUUAACGUCUCAGUGCGUGUAUAUGAUCAACCAUUCAUCACUGUGGAACAUCGAAAACAGCAAGUGCAUGAAACUGUAGCUGGCAAGAAGUCUUACCGGCUGCCUAUGAAAGUGAAGGCGUUUCCCCCACCAGAAGUGGCAUGGCUAAAAGAUGGGUUACCUGUGACGGAGAAAUCGGCUCGCUAUUUCAUUCAUGGCUAUUCAUUAAUUAUUAAAGAUGUAGCUGCUGAAGACACAGGAAAUUACACAAUCUUGCUGAGCAUAAACAAGACAAAUGUGGUUAAAAACCUCACCACCAAUCUAAUCGUAAACGUGAAACCCCAGAUUUAUGAAAAGGCCGUGUCAUCAUUUCCGGAACCAAUUCUCUACCCACUGGGCAGCAGACAAAUCCUGACCUGUACCAUUUACGGUAUCCCUCAACCUACAGUCAAGUGGUUCUGGCAUCCCUGUAACCACAAUCAUUCGAAAGUAAGGUAUGACUUUUGCUCCAGUAAUGAAGAGGCCUUUAUCCUGGAUCCUGACAGCAACAUAGGAAACAGAAUUGAGAGCAUCACUCAGCGCACGGCAAUAAUAGAAGGAAAGAAUAAGACGGCUAGCACCUUGGUUGUGGCUGACUCUAGAAUUUCUGGAAUCUACAGCUGCAUGGCUUCUAAUAAAGUGGGGACUGUGGAAAGAAACAUAAGCUUUUAUAUCACAGAUGUGCCAAAUGGGUUCCACAUUAACUUGGAAAAAAUGCCUACGGAAGGAGAGGACCUGAAACUGUCUUGCACAGUUAGCAAGUUCUUAUACAGAGACAUUACUUGGAUUCAGCUGCGGACAGCUAAUAACCGAACCAUGCACCACAGUAUUAGCAGGCAAAAAACGACCGUCACUAAGGAGCACUCCAUGACGCUUCACCUUCUCAUCAAGAACGUUUCCUUGGAAGAUUCAGGCACCUAUGCUUGCAGAGCCAGGAACAUAUACACAGGGGAAGACAUCCUUCAGAAGAAAGAAGUUACAAUUAGAGAUCAGGAAGCACCAUACCUCCUGCGAAACCUCAGUGAUCACACAGUGGCUGUCAGCAGCUCCACUACUCUAGACUGUCACGCUAACGGCAUCCCUGAGCCUCAGAUCACCUGGUUUAAAAACAACCGCAAAAUACAACAAGAACCUGGCAUUAUUUUAGGGCCGGGGAGCAGCACGCUGUUUAUUGAAAGAGCCACAGAGGAGGACGAGGGCGUCUAUCAGUGCAGGGCCACGAACCAGAGGGGGUCUGUGGAGAGCUCAGCCUACCUCACCGUUCAAGGAACCUCUGACAAGUCAAAUCUGGAGCUGAUCACUCUGACGUGCACCUGUGUGGCUGCAACCCUCUUCUGGCUCCUAUUAACUCUCUUUAUCCGAAAACUGAAAAGGUCUUCUUCUGAAAUAAAGACUGACUACCUAUCAAUUAUAAUGGACCCAGACGAAGUUCCCCUGGAUGAGCAGUGUGAGCGGCUCCCAUAUGAUGCCAGCAAGUGGGAGUUUGCUCGGGAGAGACUUAAACUGGGGAAAUCACUUGGAAGAGGGGCUUUUGGAAAAGUGGUACAAGCAUCUGCAUUUGGCAUUAAGAAAUCACCCACAUGCCGGACUGUGGCUGUAAAAAUGCUAAAAGAGGGGGCCACGGCCAGCGAGUACAAAGCUCUGAUGACGGAGCUCAAGAUCUUGACCCACAUUGGCCACCACCUGAAUGUAGUCAACCUGCUGGGCGCCUGCACCAAGCAAGGAGGGCCUCUGAUGGUGAUCGUUGAGUACUGCAAAUAUGGAAAUCUAUCCAACUACCUCAAGAGCAAACGAGACUUAUUCUUUCUCAACAAGGAUGCAGCAUUACACGUGGAGCCUAAGAAAGAAAAAAUGGAGUCAGACGUGGAGCAAGGCAAGAAACAAAGACUAGAUAGUGUCACAAGCAGCGAGAGCUUCGCAAGCUCCGGGUUUCAGGAAGAUAAAAGUCUGAGUGAUGUUGAGGAAGAGGAGGAUUCUGACGAUUUCUACAAGCAGCCCAUAACUAUGGAAGAUCUGAUUUCUUACAGUUUUCAAGUGGCCAGAGGCAUGGAGUUUUUGUCUUCAAGAAAGUGCAUUCAUCGGGACCUGGCAGCACGAAAUAUUCUUUUAUCUGAGAACAACGUGGUGAAGAUUUGUGAUUUCGGCCUUGCCCGGGAUAUUUAUAAGAACCCUGAUUAUGUGAGAAAAGGAGAUACUCGACUUCCUCUGAAAUGGAUGGCUCCUGAAUCUAUCUUUGACAAAAUCUACAGCACCAAGAGCGAUGUGUGGUCUUAUGGAGUACUGCUGUGGGAAAUCUUCUCCUUAGGUGGGUCUCCCUACCCGGGAGUGCAGAUGGAUGAGGACUUCUGCAGCCGCCUGAAGGAAGGCAUGAGGAUGAGGGCUCCUGAGUACGCGACCCCGGAAAUCUACCAGAUCAUGCUGGACUGCUGGCACAAAGACCCCAAAGAAAGGCCAAGAUUUGCAGAGCUUGUGGAAAAACUAGGCGAUUUGCUUCAAGCAAAUGUACAACAGGAUGGCAAAGACUAUAUCCCACUAAAUGCCAUACUGACAGGAAACAGUGGGUUCACAUACUCAACUCCUGCCUUCCCUGAGGAUAUUCCAGCUCCAAGGUUUAAUUCAGGAAGUUCUGAUAAUGUCAGAUAUGUAAAUGCUUUCAAUUUCAUGAGCCUGGAGAGAAUCAAAACCUUUGAAGAACUUCCACCAAAUGUCACUUCCAUGCUUGAUGGUUACCCAGUGGACAGUGGCGCUCUGCUGGCCACUCCUUGGCUGAAGCGCUUCACCUGGACUGAGAGCAAACCCAAGACCUCACUGAAGACUGACUUGAGAGUAACCAGUAAGAGUAAGGAGUCGGGGCUUUCUGACCUCACCAGGCCUACAUUCUGCCAUCCUGGCUGUGGGCACAUCAACAGAGGCAAGCGCAGAUUUACCUACGACAACUCCGAGCUGGAAAAGGUCUCAUGCUGCUCUCCUCCCCCAGACUACAACUCAGUGGUCUUAUAUUCCACGCCACCUGUCUAAACUGUGACACAGCCUGAUUUCUAGAACCACAUGCAUAUUUAUAACCCCAGGAAACAAGCUUCUGCCAGUAUUAUACACAUAUAAAUUUACACCUCUACCUUUCCACAGGGGCUAGAUGCUUUCUGUGAUUUUUAACAGUGCUUUUUUCUUUUGACUAACAAGAAGGUAACCCCAGAUAGAGUAAUGGUGACAAGUAAAGGCCACUACUGCUAAACCCUCACAUUACUCAGUGUGUUAGAGAAAUUCUUUCAAGCCCAAAGACUUCCUGCUCUUUACCCCCAGGCCUCAAGGCCUGGGACGAUUCAGGAGACACGCUGACCAUGUGACGCUGCACAGACCAUGCUGGGCCAGCAGCUGCAGCCCUGGAACCAGGGACAGCAGUCCCCAGCUGGCCUAAGAAAGCCUCUGGGGCCCUCCAGCAUUCAUGACGUGUAAGGAGGAGAAGGAAAGGGAGGAAUGAAGAAAAAAACAGGACAGGGCACAAGAAAGAAUUUGAGCUGGACCAUGUGGAAGGAGUGAGAGAGGGUUACCAACCAGGCCACUCCAGUGGCUUCCAAAACCCUACCUGACCCGUUCCAUUUGAGAACCCAGGCAGAACCGAUAGAUGAGGGGACCUUUCCUGGAUUCUGGGGGGCAAGAAAGGAACAACAAAGCACAUUUUAAAACAUUAGCUACAGAACUGGUUCUCUGUCCAUUCCCAUAUAUGGCACAUUUUUUAUUUCUAGCACUGAGGCUGGUGCUCAAAUCUGAGCCCAUACUGCUGGCCCCUCUAGCAGGAUACACUGAACACUUACCCUGGGCUAAGCUGGCCUAUUAGUUCAGGGCAUAUAGUAUAUUGCUCAUAGUAAGCUAACUGGAGCCACUGACUGGUCGCCAGAUUCUACUUUGUGUGUUACUGUAUAGUGAAGACAACUCAAUGUUCUGUAUUAACCCGUUUGUACAGUUAGUUAUAAAAGGAAGUGAAGAGAAUUAAAAUGCAGCCUUCUCUCCACCGAAACUAGGACAGAAGGCAGGCAGAUGGGGCCAGUGAAGCCCCGGUGCCAACCCAGCCAGCACUGCCGCAGUUGGGCCCAAUGGAUAGGAGUCGGGGUUUUAUUUAAUGGGGGUUCCACUAUCCAGUCUGUUUCCUGGGAAGAUGUGUUAGAGCCUUAACCAAGGUUUAUUAAGCACUUUAUGCUCCUUGAGAAAAAGGUGAUAUGUAAGAUAUUUCUGGAAUCAGGACUCAGGACAUUUAUCAGCCAUCAAUAGGAGAAAAGCCUCUUUGCAUCUGCCUUGGACCUUGCCUUGGCCUGAGGACGACAGAAAUAGGGAGCGGGGUACACAGGCUGCCACGCUUCAGGGCGAAGGGCCCUGCGCCUGCCGGGCUGUUUGACGCUCUGUAUUUAGGAUGUUCGGGGCCUGUCAGAGCUGGACAGGCAACAGGGAACUGCUGCUUCCGGUAGAGAAGAUACGGUUCCCAGUGCACGUGACCUGACUCUAGAACCUGAAAUACAAGUAAGAGAAGCGACUUCCCCGUGUCAGUCUUCAGGGUUCUUUGUGUGGAGAGAUGGGGAUUCAGCACAGCCCCAGGGAGACGGCGGCGCCUCCGGCCGGCGCAGCAGGGAGUCGGGCCUCUCCGCCAAGAGCCAAGGGGCGGGGGAGCUUUGCCCUUCCUCCUCUUUACCCGAACAGCACCGGUGACAGCUGGCGGUAGCGUAAACCAGGUGACCAAGAGGUUAGACCCAGGGAAGGUAAAAAGACCUCACUCAAUUCUCUAGUUUUUUCAAAUCAGGUUAAGGAUCCAGCAAUUAGUGAAAACCAGGAAAAACCUUAGCUGUAUGUAUAAUGCCCUGAAUUCAAUAAUCCCAUUCUUAAUCACUGAGACCUUAGUAGAGCCAUCUCACUGAAAGGCAUAGGAAUCAGAUGCACCGUCAUUCAGUUUCUCACGCAGACUCAGGCUUGUAGCCUGCAUGAGUCUGUCAGUCAAGAAAGGUUCCCGCCUGGAGUCUUGACACAAAAAGGAAAAUGGGAGCUUGUGGAAUGUGUACUAUGGGUAGUUGCACGGUGCUUGCCGUAGGCAGGUUCGUUACAACAGCACUGAGAAAUUGAAACGCUAACUGGUGGUGUUGUUAGAAUCAUUUGUCACUUGUGACAAAAAUGGUUGGCAGUGACCAGGAGAGAACCAGCACUUCCUUUCAGGAUUUGUGAGCUAAGUGGAAGCGCAGGGGUGGAAGGGGACAGACCACAUGCAAAUGUAGGUCUCGUUUAUCUAAGAAAUGAUGCCCACACCUUAUCGGAGCCCAUGCAACAUCUGUCCAAAUCCUGAAAAACGUUACUUAGGCCUCGCUCAUUUAGGCAAAUAAUUUGCAGGACACGGGGAGCUGGCAUCACGUCCUGGGUUAGACCUAUACUUCCCAGCUUGUAAGAAUAUCAAACACGAAGCUUAUUUGCCAGCCCCUUUCAGUUAACUGGAGAAGGAGUGCAUCUUUGACUGACAGUGGUAGUAACUCUAUGUAUAUAUAUGCGUGUGUAUGUGUUUUGUGCAGAACUAUUUAAGGAAACUGGAAUUUUGAAGUUACUUUUAUACAAACCAAGAAUGUAUGCUGCAGAUAUCAGACAUCAUUUGGUUCUUUAUAUUUAGUCACUAUGAAUGUAUUUUGUAUACUAUCUUCAUAUAAUAAAGUUAACUUCC